AUAAAAUUGUUAAUAAAAAAUUAAUAGAAAAAUGGCUUCAGAAAAAUCUAACAACAAGUUGGUCAAGCAAAAUUUAAGUGAGAAUCUAUGUAACUUAAGUUGUUUGAAGUUGUCAAGAGUUCCAGUAGAAGCCAUCAAGCGUAACAGACGAAUAACAAUUCUUGAUUUACAUAGAAACUAUUUAACAAGACUUGGAGAGGAUUUUGCAACCCUUCACAAUAUUAAAAAAUUAAACUUAAACCAUAACGCACUGACUUCCUUGCCUCAUAAUUUCGGCAAUUUGAUUAAUUUAACUUCACUUAGUCUAUAUAAUAAUAAUUUGUUGGAUUUACCUGCAAGUAUGGGAAACCUCAAAAAUUUACGUUUCCUAGACUUGCGAGAUAACGCUUUUAAAUAUGAAUUAGAGGUGAUAAUUGGAACAUGUGAAUCAGUUGAAGAAUGUGAAAAAUGUGCCGUCAGUGUUGUACAAUAUUUUCAUAAUAAAUUCUAUCGUUUUAACAAUAUGUCAACUCUAAAAGAUUCUAAUCAAGCAGAAACAGAUGACAACUGUAGUGAAGUUUCCAUAAGUAACAUGUCAAUAAACUCUGAUACAGAAGAUGACGAGGAUGUUGGUGCUUUCGAAGAGGUUAAAAAAGCAUCAAUUUUAUAUAUAAGAACUAAAUACCGAAAUCAAAAAGAGUGUGAGACCAAUAUUGUCAGAAAUUCUAAAGACGCUGAUUCUGACGGUAGUAUGGAAUAUGUUACCGAGUCUGAUGACGAUAGUUUUAAGGAUGUUUCAUCUUCUGAAACAGAGUCAAAGAAAUCUCUUCAAGAAACAAGUCAUGAAGUAAUUGCAGAGAAAGGUAAUGACUAUGUACAGAAUGAAGGCCUCUGUGGUAAUCAAAAUAUAGUACAAUGCGUUACAUCCGGAGAGCAGGAAAAAGGUGAACUUAAAGUACAAACUCCAGUUAAGAUGAUUGAAACAUAUUGGUUCAAAGUGUUUGUUAAAUACUUUCUACAUGUUUUAUUCGCAGCUUUUAUCUUUGCUGCGAUUUACUUUAUCUGUACUUUAAGCUUAGAUUUUUAUCCGAACAAAUUAUCAAACUUUACUGAGAAAUACUUUAAUUGGAGUUCUCCGAAAUUGGUAUGUGAAGAAAAUGAAAGAGACAGCGUGGAAUCACAAACUCAAGAGGUGUACGAAGAAGAGCAACAUUCCACAACAAAGACUUUCGUGGACAAAAUAAUUCUGGAUAAUGAGGAAACUCCAAUGCCAACAUGGUUUGAAAAAAUAUUAUAUGUAUUUAUCAUAUUAAGUAAGUUAUGCAAGAUCAAUGGACGAUUUUUGGCGUGGUUUCGUUACGUUUUACUUUCGCUGGUUUUAAAUGCUCGUAAAUGCAAAUGUCAGACACGUAAUUUAACCAUCAAUGCAUUUGCCAUUUCAGUUGCUGCAGAUACUUUGUAA